UACACCUUCCUCAUUCUCAAACCAAAACCGUACGUAAAAUCCAACCGCGCAAAUAUUCGCAUUCUUCAUCUCUCUCUCUGUCUCUCUCUGUCUCUCGCUCUCGGUGUUUUUUUUUUCCCUCUAUGGCAAAAGCCCAAAUGGUCCGCCCCGUUACCUUACCCCACGACCUCUACUGCCUUUCACCUACCAAUUCGGGGCCCCGAGAACUCCCGGAGCCCGAUGUCCAAAUCCUCACCUCAGGUGGACUACGCAUCCCUGCGCACUCUAGCAUCCUGGCUUCGGUUUCGCCGAUAUUGGAGAACAUCAUUGAUCGGCCACGUAAGCACACGAGCUCCGAGAAAGUCAUUCCGGUGCUCGGAGUUCCAUGCGACGCCGUCGUCGUUUUCGUUCAGUUCCUCUACUCUUCAAGGUGCACGGAAGAAGAUCUCGAGAAGUAUGGAAUCCAUCUACUUGCACUGUCGCACGUCUACCUGGUCCCACAUCUGAAACAGAGAUGCACCAAAGACAUGGUUCAACGGCUGACGAUCGACAACGUGGUUGAUGUGCUUCAACUUGCUAGGUUGUGCGAUGCACCCGAUCUUUACCUCAAGUGCAUGAAAAUGAUCGCAAACCAUUUCAAAGCCGUCGAGAAUACCGAAGGUUGGAAAUUCUUGCAACAUCACGACCCCUGGUUGGAGCUCGAAAUCCUCCAAUUCAUGGAUGAAUCCGAAUCGAGAAAGAAGAGGACUAGAAAGCACAGGGAAGAGCAGAGCUUGUAUUUACAGCUAAGCGAGGCGAUGGAGUGUUUGGAACACAUCUGCACAGAAGGGUGCACGAGCGUUGGGCCGUAUGAUGUGGAGCCCACUAAAAAUAAGGGCCCAUGUAGCAAAUUCUCCACGUGUCAAGGUCUCCAGCUUUUGAUUGGCCACUUUGCCACGUGUAAGAAAAGGGUGAAUGGAGGGUGCUUACGUUGCAAGCGGAUGUGGCAGCUUCUUAGGCUUCACGCGUCAAUCUGUGAUCAAUCAGAUUCAUGCAGAGUUCCUCUUUGCAGGCAAUUCAAGUUGAGAAUGAUGCAAGAAAAAAGGAAAGAUGAUGCAAGAUGGAAACUUCUAGUGAGGAAAGUGGUGUCGGCCAAAGCUAUAUCUUCUUUGUCAUUGCCUAAGAGGAAAAGAGAUGAGGAACUUGGAGGGACAAUGAGGGAACAUGGUUUUAGAAGCUUCAAAUUAUAAAUUUGUGGCAUAAAAUGUUGUGUGUGUGUCAAAUUUUUUUUGUUCUUUUUUUAUGUAUUUAGGUUAGCUUUUUAUGGUUCAAUAUGUUUUGCCAAAAAAAAUGCACCAUAAGAAAGAAACAUAUAUAUAUAUAUAUAUAUAUAUAUAUAUAUAUAUAUUAUGAGACUUGGUAGAAUGUUUAUUUAGAGUAAACGAAAGGGGAGGCAGUAGAAAUGGAGUGGUUUGGUUGUACUUUUGAAUCGCUUCUUAAUGUAAAUGGAUGCAAGUUUCUCAUCCUUGUUUA